GUCAACAGGCUCAACACGUGUGUCAAAAAACAAAUAUGGUUGGGGGACGAUGAUUCAUUAACAGCAAAACAGCGAAGCGUCUAGUGUAAAUACUGCUUUAAAAUUAACAUGAAGGCUAAAACAGAGGUUACUUUACUCCCUGAAGUGAAAAAGAAUAUAAGAGCGUUAUUGAUUUCCGCUCCACGGGGCCUGAGCGUGGAAGAUAUUGAGCAUGAUUAUCAUGCAAUGUUAGGAAAGCCGUUGCCAUUCAAACAUUUUAGAUGUAAAUCAGCUUUAGAGUUUCUUAAGACAAUGCCCGAUGUUGUUAAGGCAAAUUGGAGUAACGGUAUUCUUAUUUUAGAAGGCAUAGCAGAUGAGAGUUCAAAACAUAUUGCAAAACUUGUGUCAAGGCAACAAGUCAAUGCAUCAAAGUCUCGCCGUAUACACAAGGCUUCUAUCAACACGAAACCUUUGGUUGUACCUGAUAGCUUUCGGAGAAAUGUAAAAGAGUUGCUAAGUGUGUAUCCAAAUGGUGUCCUUGGUUCUUCCUUCAAUGAAGUGUAUGCAAGACAUUAUGGUGAAGAACUCAGCCAUUCUAAUUUAGGUUUCAAAUCAAUGUCUAUGUUAUUGAAUGCUAUUAAUGAUAUUGCAACAAUUGUUAAGAAUCCAAAAGGGGGAUAUAGAGUGUGUGCUGUUGUUAGAAAGAACAGAAAACCACCACCAGGGAAAAAGACAUCUCUUCUCCCUGCCCCUCCUACAAAGCCAUCACCUUCAAAUACAUUGGCUCUAGGAACGGUAUCUCAAAAUUCUCUUUCUUCAAAAGCAUCCCAAAGCACACCACAUUUAAAAGCUAAUAUGCCUUUGUCAAGGACGGAAUCACUAAAGUGUAAUGCCCAUGUAAUACCUCACAAACGUAAACCCCUAACUGACCUGAACAUGCUUCAUGGCAAUGUAAAUACUAAUAAAGAUUAUGUGGGUGAAAAAACCGCAGUUGAAAAAGUUAAGGAGUUUCUUGAUUCCCAAAGUGGUGUCAGUGAUUCUAUGAAAGAUGAACUUAUAUCUGUCUUAGCAAAGAGGCCAAAUGGUGUGUGGGCAGCUCGUCUUCCAUUUGAGUUUAAGACUUUGGUUGGCAAGGAACUGGAUGUUUUGAAAAUAGGAUUUUAUAGUAUCAUAGAAAUGGCCUCAGCAAUGCCAGAUGUAUUUAGAAUUGAAAGGCCCUUCCCCAAUGGUGAUUGGCUGUUAUUUCUUGCAGCAAAAUCACGAAAAGAUAAAAAUAUAACCAAGGUGUAUGUUCCUGAGAAUGCUAUUGGUAAGGGUGUUGGUUAUACUCAGCAGGGUCUGCCAGAUGAAUUUUAUAUUGAACUGUAUGUUACACAUAUUCGAUCGCCAGACUGUUUUUGGAUACAGUUACGAAAAUUCAGUUCAGAACUGGAAGGACUACAGCAUAAUAUCAGGGAAUUCUAUAGUUCCAAAGAAAGUGCUCAGUUCAUGGUUGAUGACAGUUUGCUAAAAUUAGGCCAGGUGUGUGUUGCAAGAUUUCCAGUCGACCAUGAAUGGUAUCGAGCUCUUAUUACAGCCACGCCAUCACAAUUCACAGUUGAAGUAUUUUACGUCGAUUACGGCAAUUCCUCUCAAGUCUCCAAGUCGGAUUUACGAUUGAUAAAGAAAGAAUUCUUCAAACUACCAUCUCAAGCCAUUAAAAGCAAGCUGUCAAAUAUCACACCAAAAGUGGUAGGGAGUCAAACGCGAUGGGAUCCAUCUGUUGCCCACAGAAUGAACGAAUUAACAGAGAACAAGGGAUUAGUUGGCCUAAUCACUGAAAGUGACAAAAAAGGUGACGUGUUAGACUUGUGUAUUUGUGAUACGAAUGGUAACGAUGAUGUGUAUAUCAAUGAUCAACUUGUUCACGAAGGCUUUGCUGUAUUUAAACAAGCGAGUGGACGAACUACUCCACCAGGUUUACCACCGGCAGCACCAGAACAGCAACAAUUGAACCAGCAAAUUGUUUUGAACACGACACAAGCCGAACCUACUUUUCCAGAUUAUUCUGUUCCACUAAACUUAUUUACUGGCUUUCCAUCAUUUGAUUUUACGCCACUGUUGAACAUGGCGCCAUCCGAGCAACCAUUACAGCAAGCACCUGAAGAAAUUGCUCCAAUCAUUAUGGAUGAGGAGAAACCAACAGCAGAAGAUAUUGAAUUCAUGCGUCAAGUUUGUGAGGAACUUUCUGACGUUCAUGUCGUCGUGAAAGCGCUGACCCUGCCUGGUGAUAAACGUGUUCAUAUCGUCAAAUUCGAGGAAAAGCCUUAUCUUGUUCGCUCGGAAAUCUCUUCGCUUUUGUGGAACUCUGACAUCCUACGGUCCAAGUUAAGAGAUGCUAAAAAGUUGGUUGAAAAAGAAGUUAUUUGCAGAGAAGAUCACGAAGAACUAUUUAAUGAAUUAAGAAGACUUAAAGUUGGUGACUUUGCAGAUAGCGAAGAACCUAAGGAAUACGCGUCAUUGUUUCCGCUGUCUGUUGUUCCGGACAUUCUUGAGACAUUCAAUCAUCCGUCAUCAGAACUUGUUCAAAUGAUAAAGAAUGAAACCACUGCGUAUGAGCGAAACCCUGGGACCUACUGGGUCGAGGAGAGCGAUCACAAUGAGGGAACAGACGAUUCAUCUCAGGGUGAACCAGACAAGGAACAUGAUUUGGAAGAAUUAAGACUAGCCGAACAAGCUUUGAAUUUUGCGAGAAAACGCAUAUUGCGUGCCAUGACAAACGUAGACCUAAUCCCAUCUGAGGACACCGUAGACGAAGCUGCAGAUGUUGAAAGACGCCUUCUUCACAUCCGGGAAUUAAUUGCGGCAGCGGAAAUCAGAGAAGCAGCUAAGGGCACUGAGGGAUCGAAGGAGACUCGAGUAGCACAACAGGAUAACGUCAUACGCCAAGAUAUUGUUGGUGACGUGUCUAACAAGGAAUUGUUUGCUCAACCUGAACAACCAUCUGCUAAGCCUGUUGGAAUUACUAAACCUGAAAUGCGCAGAUCAUCACCUGUUUUGAAUGACACCCCAGCUGGUCCACUUACCCAAUACCGAGAAUUAUCCACAUCAACCAAUAACCCUAACACACCCUCAUCUACCCCUCAGAACGCCAAUAUCCAAAAUAUGUCAUCCGGGCCGUAUCCUGGCUUACCCGCAUCUACCUGUGCAAAUCCUAUUCUAGACACAUCUAUGCCACCUUUAUUCUCCAACUUUGACAACCCUAUAUCUACUCCUAUAAUUCCAAAUAUACCCACAUCAAUACCCCACAAUCCCACCAUGCCCAAUGUUACCGCUCCAAACACUACACAGAACAAUUGUAACCCAGGAAUUAAAAAAGGCGAUGAGCUGGCAUCUAUAAUUGAGCCAGAUGGAAGAGCGAUUGUCCCAGUUGCAUCUAUGGUGAAUCACCAAUACUACACUGAUCUAGCUCAGUCUGCUAAAAAGACAAUUGAUAAAUUGGAAAACAGAGCGAGAGCCCAAGAGGUCCAACAGCAGCAUUUCGAUUCAAAGAAGAAGUCGCGAAAUUUAUCGCAUCCUAACCCACGUCAUGUCAAUCAACCAUUGCUAGGAUUGCCUCUUUUUAUGCCUAGUGGUCACAUGGCCCAUAAUAUUAACUUUCAUCCAGGAGCAAAUAUAGGACCACCCAAUAUUCCGUUCCAAGGGUUCUUUGGACCAUUUCAUCCGAUGAUCCCCCCGGCACCCAUUUCUGAUGUAAUGCUUUUUAAUGGCCCUAUGUCUGCCCCAGGCCUUGUCGACAACUCUCAGCUGCUCUUUCAGUAUGGAUCGCCAUUUCCAAAUCCGAACCGAAGUCAAAGAUAACGUUUAUGGCGUAGUUUGAUCUUUGAUUUGUUGCGAUUGCCUGUACUCUCAGGUUGGCUAUGUAUUGCAGAAAUUUAAAUUGUGUUCUGUUAUGUUGAAGUUCACUUCAGUGGCGAUGAAACUGGCGGGUGAUUCGAGACUCGCGAGUGUGUUUCGUGUAUUAUUUUAGCAAAAGGACUGAUGACCUUGUUCAGAAUUUUAGCCAGGUUAAUACCAAGCACUUUGCGUCACCUUUAAUGUUAACUUUCGGGGAAUUUAGAGAACGUAUAAUUUCCAUUUUGCUAUUCUAUUUGAAGUUUUUAGAUAAAGUGGCAUUUGUUUGCGUUGCAAACAUCUUCGUAAAACUAAAGUGCAUGCAAUAGCUUACAUUGAAGUUGUGUUUUAAAUAGAGAUUCAUAUAUAUAUUUAUG